AACCCAAUAAGUAUCGUAGUGUGGGGCAACAGAACUCUCCUCUCAAUCAAGUACUAUUUCACCAAGAACCCCAAGAAUCUCACAUAUCUCAUAUGCAACAACAUGGACUCUACAAAAGAUUCUGCCAACAACUAAACAUUCAUGUCCAUCUUUUCCUGCCUCAUCACUCGAACCCACAUAGACCCAGAUUCCAAUUCUUUGUAAUAUUUGAAAUCCUCAAGGGAUUGAAGCUUUUCAAGCUCUUCAUUGGUGAGAAAACACCCUGGAAGAAGGGGUUUUGGAGAAAUGAUGGUGAAGUUGAAGACGAGGAAGAAGAGUGGGAUGUAGAGAAUGAAGAGAUGAGGUUAUAA